AAGAGGAGAGCUGCAUCGUCAAAUAUCCUGAAUUGAAAGUGAAAUUUUGUCUGAGCGACAGCAGAGCUGCAGUCGAGACAACUCUCUCUGUUUCUCUAUAAAGAAACAUUCAGCUGAAUCCAGCAGCUUUUUCUCAAAAGCAGAAUCUCUGCCUAACACUGAUUGUCCAAAUGUCUGCUGCCAGCUGUCUGCUGACUGAAGAUCAGUUUCUGUGCUCCAUCUGUCUGGAUGUGUUCACUGAUCCAGUCACCAUACCAUGUGGACACAACUUCUGUAAAACCUGCAUCACACAACACUGGAAUAUUAAUGUCCAGUGUCAGUGUCAGUGUCCCAACUGCAAAAGGCUUUUCAACACCAGACCUGAGCUGCAGGUCAAUACCUUCAUUUCUGAGAUGGCUGCUCAGUUCAGACAGUCAGCUCAACAGAAAGUCAGCAGCAGCAGAAGCUCAGAGCAACAAGUUUCCAAACCAGCAGAAGUUCCCUGUGACGUCUGCACUGGAACCAAACUGAAGGCCCUGAAGUCCUGCCUGGUCUGUCUGGUCUCCUACUGUGAGACUCACCUGGAGCCUCAUCUGACAAUGUCAGGUCUGAAAAGACAUCAGCUGAUCGACCCUGUGGAGAACCUGGAAGGCAGGAUGUGUACGAAGCACGAUAAACUGCUGGAGCUGUUCUGUAAGAACGACCAGAUGUGUGUCUGCAUGCUCUGCACUGUUUCAGACCACAAGACACAUGAUGUUGUUCAUUUGAAAGAAGAAUAUGAAGAAAAGAAGGCCCACCUGGGGAAGACAGAGGCUGAAAUUCAGCAGAUGAUCCAGAAGAGACGAAGGAAGAUUCAGGAGAUCAAACACUCAGUGGAGCUCAGUGAGGAAGACGCAGACAUAGAAAUAGCAGGAGGUGUUCUUGUCUUCAGCGCUCUGAAGGAGUCUGUUGAGAGAAGCCAGGCUGAGCUCAUCGACACGAUCAAAGAGAAGCAGAGAAAGAUGGAGAAACAGGCUGAAGGCUUCAUCAAAGAGCUGGAACAGGAAAUCUCUGAGCUGAAGAAGAGAAGCACUGAGGUGGAGCAGCUCUCACACUCUGAAGACCACCUCCACCUCCUCCAGAGCUUCACGUCCCUGAACGCUGCUCCACCCACCAAAGACUGGACACAAGUCAGGAUCCGUCCACCACAUGAGGGGACGGUGGUGAGAGCUGUGAAUCAGCUGGGGGAGACCCUCAGUAAACAGAUGAAGAAGCUGCUCGCUGAGGCUGAGCUGAAGAGGGUCCAGCAGUUUGCAGUGGAUGUGACACUCGAUCCUGAUACAGCACAUCCAAACCUCAUCUUGUCUGAUGAUGGAAAACAAGUUCAACAUGAUGAUGUAAAGAAGAAUCUCCCAGAGAAUCCAGAGAGAUUUGAUACUUGUAAUUUUGUUUUAUCAAAGCAGAGUUUCUCUUCAGGAAGAUUUUACUACGAGGUUCAGGUUAAAGGGAAGACUCACUGGAAUUUAGGAGUGGCCAGAGAGUCGAUCAACAGGAAGGGAUACAUCCCACCGAAUAUUCAAAAUGGUUACUGGACGAUGUGGUUGAAGAAUGAAAAUAAGUAUGAAGCUCUUGCCUGCAAUGUAGACCAUCUCUUUCUGAAGUCUCGUCCUGAGAAGGUGGGGGUGUUUGUGGAUUAUGAGGAGGGUCUGGUCUCCUUUUAUGACGUAGAUGCUGCAGCUCUUAUUUACUCCUUUGCUGGCUGCUCCUUCACUGAGAAACUCUACCCAUACUUUGGUCCUUGUAAUAACAACGGUGGUAAAAACUCUGCCCCUCUGAUCAUCUCUCCUGUCAAUCACACUGAGUAGAACCAUUUGGUUUUCCACAAAAGAUUCAGUAUGAUUUAAUGUAGUAAAUGUAUAUGUACUGGUGAUGUGUGGUGUACAGUGCAUUGUUGUUUUUUUCAGAUUCUAAUCAUUGCAUUUAGCAUACAGUAUUUUUCUGUUGUCUUGUCUUUGAUUUGUUACAUUGCUUCUUAUUACUACUACAAUACACAAAUUUUACCACACUGAUUGAUAUUAUGUCAUGUAGUCUGACGUAUUCUAAUAACUGCGUUACCUGGUUUCAAGACUGUUGAAUCAUCAGAAAACAAUAUACUCGGAAAUAAGAAACUUUUGCACAUUUUUAAAUGUAAUCUAUUUAUAAGAAUUUUGGUAUACUGGCACAAAUUACUAAAAGGGCAGUUAAUAAAUGGUGAAUUAUUCUCCGUUAACAUUUUAAAGCCAGCAGCACGCAUGUGUAUGGAACGCUACAUAGUGCCACCCAGGGAAGGACUGUUGAUUAAAUAUCCGAGCGCGAAGUCCCACAGCCUAGGUUUAACUCUGAUGUCAAUCGGCAAAAUAAGAUUCAGUGUGGACAAUGGACAGAUUAAGAAAGAUAAAUUUUCCUCAGAGUACAUUCCUUUCGUUAAAAUUAUUAUUUGAAAUGUUUAAAUUACGUAAGCGAUAAUGUCCAAUGAUGUGUCUAUUAUCAGGAAUUAAUGGAUGAUGGUGAGGCCAUUACUUCCUGAUUAUGGACUCCUUGAAGGGGAUUAUCCCACUCAUACCAAGUAAAAAAAAUGAAGACCAUUCAUUAAUAUUUUCAUGCAUUUUGCCAUCAAGAUCUAAAGUUUUCUCAAGGUAUAAUUCAGUUUUCCUGGUAACACCUAGGGUUUGACUAAUACUUGGAACAAUCAUAUACCAUAAAGUUGUUUUUGAUAGAUCCAGCUACAUGGAAAACAACCUAGGCUAACCCAUUCAAGGCCUCACGGAACAGAGAUACAGAAAAUGGACAAAUAAUCAA